AUGCAGAGAAAUAACUCUCUACUAAGUCAAAUUCCGAGAAAUGGUAGCCAAGCCAGAAAAUUCUGCAAGCAAUUUGAUGAAGCGCAAGCCAAGACGAACCGCUACUUUGAAAGAUGCAAGACUACACUUGACGCGGAGGGGGGGGGGAGAUUGGAAGAUAUGGAGCAAGAACUGUGA